AACAAUGAUCCUCAUAUACCAAAUAGUACAAAAUAUAGUUGAACAUUGAGGACCUAGAAAAAGAAAGGAUUUAAAAAAAGGAUUCCUGUAGCCUCGUAGGAUUGGCCUGUGUUUUAGUAUUAAUAGUUACAAAAGAUCCAAGACUGAUCAGUUUGAUGAAAGUAAGUGAGCGCAGGAAAUCGAGAUUUAAAAGAUGGAUGUGCAUUUGCCGGAUAUUCAGUCACAUCCGAAUUCCCAAAAUACAAUAAGAAAAAAUGAAAGCGCUGAUGAAAAAGGUGAUUCGAGGCCAAAUUCGUCCAAGGCUAGAGCUAGAGGAGUACGUUUCGGAUUUCAAAAAUUGCCGGAGGCUUUUGAUGCGGAUCGUUCAUCCGUAACUCCAAGAGGGAGCCCUACCACCGAGAAGGAUUCAUCAGAAACACCUCAAAGAACUCCCUCGCCUAGGCUAAGACGAAUCAGUAUGUUUGAGAGAAAAACACCAAGCCCUUUGGCCCUGGCACGACCAAAACGAUCGAGUGUCUAUCUCGGGGUACUUAAUGAAGGCACUGACGUUUUUACUAAAUCCACUAGAGUGAGAAGAGUCUCGGUCUCAACAACUCCAGAACAAGGCCGUCGGAGAUCGGUUUGGCA